AUGGCACCGUACUCGAACUCGUCUGGACUGAAUACACCCGAGUCCGAAUUGGAGUCCGUGCUCCCUGUUCACCCUACAGCUGCGCGUCGCCCGUAUCCAAUCGUGGUACAGUCCGAGCAGACCUCUUACAGCGAUGACUUCAUCACCGCUAAGUUCACCAACCGCGGUGCUAGCGUCACCGUCACAGACGGUCAGUACCUCAUCACGCCUUCCUUCAAGCAGUACGAGUUCCAGACUGCCAGGAAGGUUUCCAAGACUGGUCUGAUGAUGGUCGGUUGGGGCGGUAACAAUGGCUCCACCUUGUCCGCGACCGUCCUCGCCAACCGUCACAACAUCGUUUGGCAUACCAAGUCGGGUAUCCAGCAGCCCAACUACAUCGGGUCUAUGCUCCGUGCAUCCACUGUUCGCCUCGGUGUCGAUCCGUCUACGGGCAAGGACGUUUUCGUUCCCGUCGCCGACGUGCUCCCGAUGGUGCACCCCAACGAUCUCGUCUUUGGCGGUUGGGAUAUCUCCGGUGCUACCUUGGACCAGGCUAUGAAGCGCGCGGAGGUCCUUGACUGGGACCUUCAGCGCCAGGUCGCGCCCCACAUGGCUGCGCUCGGGAAACCCCUGCCGUCCAUCUACUACCCUGACUUCAUCGCUGCGAACCAGGAGGCGCGCGCUGACAACGUCAUCCCGGGAAAGGACAAGCAGGCGCACCUCGAGCGCAUCCGUGCGGACAUCCGCCGCUUCAAGGCUGAGAACGCGCUUGAUCGCGUCGUUAUCUUCUGGACGGCUAACACGGAGCGCUACAGCGAAAUCAUCCCGGGUGUGAACGACACCGCGGACCACCUCCUCGCCUCGAUCAAGGCAUCCCACUCCGAGGUGUCCCCCUCGACUGUCUUCGCUGUUGCCGCGAUCUUGGAGGGCGAGCCUUUUGUCAACGGUGCCCCCCAGAACACCUUCGUUCCAGGUGUUAUCGAGCUUGCUGAGCGCAAGAAGUCGUUCAUCGGCGGCGACGACCUCAAGUCCGGCCAGACGAAGCUGAAGUCGGUGUUCGCCGAGUUCCUCGUCAAUGCGGGUAUCAAGCCGCUCUCUAUCGCUUCGUACAACCACCUCGGUAACAACGACGGGCACAACCUGUCAGCGGAGCCGCAAUUCAAGAGCAAGGAGAUCAGCAAGAGCAGUGUGGUGGACGAUAUGGUCGGCGCGAACGCGUUGCUGUACAAGCCUCCCCAGGAGGGCCCUGUCAAAGGGACUAAGGCUGCCAAGGGCGAGCAUCCCGAUCACAUCGUUGUGAUCAAGUACGUCCCUGCGGUCGGGGAUUCCAAGCGGGCUAUCGACGAGUACUACUCCGAGAUUUUCUGCGGUGGUCGUUCCACUAUCAACAUCUUCAACGAGUGCGAGGACUCGCUCUUGGCCACGCCCCUCAUUCUCGACCUGACGAUCCUCACGGAGCUCCUCACGCGUGUCAAGUACCGUGACGUCGCCGGCCAGCAGGCUGAGUUCUCGCCGCUGCACCCGAUCCUAUCCCUUCUCUCGUACAUGCUGAAGGCCCCGUUGGUAAAGCCUGGCACCGAUGUCAUCAACAGCCUGAAUAGGCAGCGCAAUGCCCUCGAGGCGUUCCUGAAGGCUUGCAUCGGGCUGGAGGGCAGCAGUGACCUCCUGCUUGAGACUCGCCUGUGGUAA